CGAUUGAGAAAAUUUAGAAAUAAAAGAAAUUGAUAAGAGGAUAAAGGGCGGGGUCUACGUUUUGCAAAGCCGCUUGAUCUUGAUCAUCAGAGACAGCUCAGACGUUGCUUUCCCAACUGUGCUGGUUGUUGGUCUUUCUCGUUCAUUAAUCAACCACCCCGAUCGCCUGCUUCGCUCUUCCAGGCUCCCCUUCCGAUUGAUGCAUUCAUUCCUCCAGCCGAGGGCAGACGGAGAUUGUUCUUUUUUUUUUUUGCCCUUUCCAGCCCUAUUUUACAGAACCAACCAAGGAAAAAAAAUCAGUCCAGGUGGGCAUCGUAAACAAGCAAGGAAUAAUAAGUGGGAGUGAGAAGAAGUGGGGCAGGUAGCGGACUCGCUGGCAUCACCUUCUUUAGGAAGUAAGAGAAAGAGAGGCUUCCGUUCCUCCCCGUCCGCUCUACUACGCACCAGAGUAGAGAGGGAGGGAAGGGAUGAGAUCUCGCCGCUUGAAUUGAGUCGAAUUGCUUGCUGACUUGUUCUUUUCCAAGAAUAGAUAGAAUAUCACCAACAGGCGCAUGGAGGCGAGCGCUGGUUUGGUGGCCGGCUCUCACAACCGGAACGAGCUCGUGGUCAUCCGCCGCGAUGGAGAAUUGGGGCCGAAGCCGCUGCAGCAGCUGAGCGGGCAAAUAUGCCAGAUCUGCGGUGAUGACGUCGGACUCACCGUCGAUGGAGAUCUCUUCGUCGCCUGCAACGAGUGCGCCUUCCCCAUUUGCAGGACUUGCUACGAGUACGAGCGCCGGGAGGGCAAUCAGGUUUGCCCCCAGUGCAAGACCAGGUUCAAGCGGCUCAAGGGGUGCCCUCGUGUGGCUGGUGACGAAGAAGAGGAUGAUGUCGAUGAUCUUGAGAACGAGUUCAACUUUGUUGGGGGAGAUCAGCAGGACCCAAAGUACAUGGCGGAGGUCAUGCUGCAGGGCCACGGGAGCUAUGGCCGCCGGGUUGAUAUCAAUACACCUCAUGUGGCUCAUGCUGUGCCUCAAGUUCCACUUCUCACCAAUGGCGAGAUGGUUGACGAUAUUCCUCCAGAUCAGCAUGCGCUUGUUCCUUCUUUCAUUGGUGGUGGAGGGAAAAGAAUUCAUCCGCUUCCCUUUCCAGAUCCCAAUAUUCCAGUUCAUCCUAGAUCAAUGGAUCCUUCUAAGGAUCUUGCCGCUUAUGGAUAUGGAAGUGUGGCCUGGAAGGAACGAAUGGAAAAUUGGAAGCAGAAACAAGAGAAAAUGCACAUGACCAGGAAUAAUGGUGGUGACAAGGGUUGGAAUAACGACGGUGAUGAACCUGAUUUACCAUUAAUGGAUGAAGCGAGACAACCGUUGUCCAGAAAGUUGCCCAUUUCUUCUAGCCAAAUAAACCCAUACAGAAUGAUCAUCAUAAUUCGUCUUGUAGUUGUUGGGUUCUUCUUCCAUUACCGAAUCACAAACCCUGCAUCUGAUGCAUAUCCAUUGUGGCUCAUAUCCGUCAUCUGCGAAAUUUGGUUUGCUCUUUCAUGGAUUCUUGAUCAGUUUCCCAAGUGGCUUCCAAUUGAAAGGGAAACUUAUCUCGACAGAUUGUCAUUGAGGUAUGAAAAAGAAGGGCAGCCUUCUCAGCUAUCUCUGAUAGACAUCUUUGUGAGUACAGUUGAUCCUAUGAAGGAACCCCCUUUAAUCACUGCAAACACUGUUCUCUCAAUCCUUGCUGUGGAUUACCCUGUUGAAAAAGUAUCUUGCUAUGUAUCUGAUGAUGGCGCUGCUAUGCUGACAUUUGAAGCAUUGUCAGAAACAUCCGAAUUUGCAAAGAAAUGGGUUCCUUUCUGUAAGAAAUUCAAUAUUGAGCCCCGUGCACCAGAGUGGUAUUUUCAGCAAAAGAUGGAUUAUUUAAAGGAUAAGGUCCACCCUUCGUUUAUUAAGGAACGAAGAGCAAUGAAAAGAGAAUAUGAGGAAUUCAAAGUACGAAUCAAUGCCUUGGUUGCAAAAGCACAAAAGGUACCAGAAGAAGGGUGGACAAUGCAGGAUGGAACACCAUGGCCUGGAAAUAAUGUCCGUGACCAUCCAGGCAUGAUUCAGGUCUUUUUGGGGCAAAGUGGUGGGCAUGAUGUGGAAGGGAAUGAAUUGCCACGGUUGGUUUAUGUCUCUAGAGAAAAGAGGCCAGGAUUCAAUCAUCACAAAAAAGCUGGUGCUAUGAAUGCUUUGGUUAGGGUCUCUGCUGUCCUAACAAAUGCACCUUACUUGUUGAAUGUGGAUUGUGACCACUACUUCAAUAAUAGCAAAGCUAUACGAGAGGCAAUGUGCUUCAUGAUGGAUCCACUUGUAGGAAAGAGAGUGUGCUAUGUGCAGUUCCCUCAGAGGUUUGAUGGUAUUGAUCGACAUGAUCGCUAUGCUAAUCGAAACAUAGUGUUUUUUGAUAUCAAUAUGAAAGGUCUGGAUGGGAUUCAAGGACCUAUUUAUGUAGGCACUGGAUGUGCUUUUAGAAGACAGGCACUCUAUGGAUAUGAUGCUCCAAAAUCAAAGAAGCCACCAACUAGGACGUGCAAUUGCUGGCCUAAGUGGUGCUGCUGUGGAUGCUGUUGUUCUGGUAGGAGGAAGAAGAAAAAUGAAAAAGCUAAGCAGGAAAAGAAGAAGAAUAGUUCCAGGAGAGGUGACUCUGGAGCACCAGUAUUUGCACUGGAGGGCAUUGAAGAGGGCAAGCAAGGAAAUGAGAGUGAAAAACCAAAUCUGAUGUCUGAACAGAAGUUAGAAAAGAAAUUUGGACAGUCACCUGUUUUUGUUGCAUCUACUCUCCUCGAGAAUGGUGGAAUACUAAAAGGUGCUACUCCGGCAUCCUUACUAAAGGAAGCUAUCCAUGUUAUUAGCUGUGGCUAUGAAGAUAAGACAGACUGGGGAAAAGAGAUUGGGUGGAUCUAUGGCUCAGUGACAGAAGAUAUAUUGACAGGUUUCAAAAUGCAUUGCCAUGGGUGGAGGUCCAUAUAUUGUGUACCAACAAGGCCUGCAUUCAAAGGUUCUGCACCCCUCAAUCUCUCAGAUCGUCUUCACCAGGUCCUUAGGUGGGCUCUUGGGUCUGUGGAAAUUUUCUUGAGCAAACACUGUCCUCUCUGGUAUGGAUAUGGAGGUGGACUUAAAUGGUUGGAAAGGAUGUCAUACAUUAAUGCUACGGUUUAUCCUUGGACAUCAAUUCCUCUUUUGGCCUACUGCACCUUGCCUGCUGUCUGCUUGCUCACGGGAAAGUUUAUCACCCCAGAGCUUAGCAAUGUCGCAAGUCUUUGGUUCCUGUCGCUUUUCAUCUGUAUCUUUGCAACAAGCAUCCUGGAAAUGAGAUGGAGUGGUGUUGGCAUUGAUGACUGGUGGAGAAAUGAGCAGUUUUGGGUUAUUGGAGGUGUUUCCUCACAUCUGUUUGCUGUGUUUCAGGGGCUUUUGAAGGUCCUUGCAGGUAUAGACACCAACUUCACUGUGACAACGAAGGCUGGUGAUGAUGAUGAGUUCUCCGAGUUAUACACAUUCAAAUGGACGACGUUGCUCAUUCCUCCUACGACUUUGCUUAUUGUGAACUUCAUUGGUGUGGUAGCGGGUGUCUCUAAUGCAAUAAACAAUGGAUAUGAAUCUUGGGGACCUUUGUUCGGGAAACUAUUUUUUUCCUUUUGGGUGAUCGUGCACCUGUAUCCUUUCCUCAAGGGUCUUGUUGGUCGGCAGAAUCGGACUCCUACCAUUGUCAUUGUGUGGUCCAUUCUCCUUGCUUCAAUUUUCUCUCUACUGUGGGUACGGAUUGAUCCAUUCCUGCCAAAAUCAGAUGGCCCUCUCUUGGAGGAGUGUGGAUUAGACUGCAACUAAGCACUGGAUCAUGAUUAAGCAUUGAAAAAUUCAUGGGUUGCAGCAGCUCACUCAUCGUCAUUGUUAUCACACAGGAAAGCAGACGGCCUUUGCAUCUGUGUACAUGGCGGUGUUCUGCUUUGAUGUAUAGAUUAAAAGAUGGCGUGCUAGAAUUUUAUUCCCUUGUAUGCUACUCUGGCUGUGGACUCCUAUUACAGAAUUGGGAGGCUGGUACAGCCUUGUGUUUCUUGUUUGUGCAAGAUAAGCAGUUGCAGGUUUUGUUCUUUAGUAAUUGGAUGAAAUGGUGGAGGAAGAGUUGUCUUUGUUCAUGUAUUAUUGGAGUUGAACUUCAUAUAUUGAUUCAUCACAAUAAGUCAGGCAUCCCCUGAUAUGUGGAAAUGAAGACUCGUUAAAAUAUUCUGUUAGUUGCUUGUAUUUUCCGUUCUUUUGGGGUAUGUUUAUUGUCGUUAUUUAUGGUGAUACGGCAUGAUAUAUAGAACAUUUGUACUGUGUAUUUUAUCUAAUAAUGUCAUCCCUGUACUUGUUCAGAACAAACUCUUUGUACUGAUAUAUAUUAACCCUAAUGGGGCAAGAUUUCAAGA